CUUCCCUUCUCCAGUCCGAAAGCUCUCUCUUUCAUCCUUCCUUCUUCUUCUUCUUCUUCUUCUUUUCGAUCUGGUACGUUUCUUUGGGGUGGCUGUUGGAGGAGGAAGAGGAGAUGGGGAGGGGGAGAGUGGAGCUGAAGCGGAUCGAGAACAAGAUCAACAGGCAGGUGACCUUCGCGAAGCGCAGGAAUGGGCUGCUUAAGAAGGCCUACGAGCUGUCGGUGCUCUGCGACGCCGAGGUCGCCCUCAUCAUCUUCUCCAACCGCGGGAAGCUCUUCGAGUUCUGCAGCAGCUCCAGUAUGUUGAAAACACUGGAGAGGUACCAAAAAUGCAAUUAUGGGGCACCGGAGACAAAUGUCAUAUCAAGAGAGACUCAGAGUAGUCAGCAAGAAUACUUGAAGCUGAAGGCCCGUGUUGAAGCCUUGCAGAGAUCACAAAGAAAUCUGCUAGGUGAAGAUCUGGGGCCCCUCAACAUCAAAGAGCUCGAGCAACUUGAGCGCCAACUUGAUGCAUCAUUAAGACAAAUAAGAUCAACACGGACUCAGUACAUGCUCGAUCAGCUGACGGAUCUCCAAAGACGGGAGCAAAUGCUGUGCGAAGCAAAUAAAGCCCUGAAGAGAAGAUUGGAAGAGAGCAACCAAGCCAACCAGCAGCAACUGUGGGAUCCCAACACCUACGGCCGCCAGCAACCUCAACCACAGGGUGACGGCUUCUUCCAACCCAUAGACUGUGAACCUACUCUCCAAAUCGGGUAUCAUCCAGAUCAAAUGGCCAUUGCAGCUGCUGCUGCCGCUGCUGCAGCUGCUGGCCCAAGCGUGAGUAACUACGUGCCAGGAGGAUGGCUUGCAUGAGCGAGAAGAGUUCGAGUUCGAGUUCG